AUGGUCCCUGUUCAUCCUGAUGAUUCUGAACUGUUAGGUUUUCAAGUGCAAGGCUUGUUCUAUUUUGAUAAAACAUUGCCAAUGGGUUUAAGUUAUUCAUGUGCGCUGUUUGAACGCAUCAGUACAGCUAUUCAAUGGAUUGCGGAAAAUAAACUGAAUCUGCGGAACUGUGCUCAUAUUUUAGAUGAUUUUUUCUUCGUUGAAACAGAUUAUAAUCAGUGUUUGACAGGUUUACACAUAUUCUUGGAUUGGGCUAAGUAUUGUGGUAUUCCAAUUAAUCCAUCUAAAACUGUUCUACCAUGCACCACAAUUACUUUCGUAGGCAUCGAGCUUGAUUCAGUUGCCAUGGAAAUGAGGUUGCCUGAAGACAAAAUCAUCAAAAUUAGAACACUUCUCAAUCACUAUCAAAGACGGAAAAAACUAACCUUACAAGAACUCCAAUCUUUGAUUGGAUUGUUAAAUUUUGCAUGCGCAGUUAUACGGCCCGGAAGGGCAUUUCUGCGUCGCCUAAUCGACCUCACUGUUGGUUUGAAAAAAUCGUUUCAUAAACGUCGGUUAACUUUAGAAGCACGUGCUGACUUGACUGCUUGGUCUUCAUUCAUGAACAAGUUCAAUGGCAAAUCACUGUUCCUUGAAGACAGAUGGUAUACAUCAGACUUCUUGGAACUUUACACCGAUGCGAGCAAUCUAGGCUUUGGCGGUUUUUUAGCAAAUCAGUGGUUUUCCGUCCCGUGGCCUGAAGCCUUCAUACAUUAUCAUCUCACUAUUAAGGAAUUUUUUCCUAUUGUUCUUCUGGUGGAAUUGUUUUCCUCGUCCCUGGCAAACAAAUGCAUAAUGUUUUACUGUGACAAUGAGGCUGUUGUAGCAGUUAUUAAUCAGCAAACAUCAAAGAAUGUAUGUAUAAUGAAACUUGUCCGUCGUCUUGUGGUAGUGACAAUGGCACAUAACAUUCUUUUUAGGGCUCAACAUAUUCCUGGUAUUCAUAAUGAUAAAGCUGAUGCACUUUCUCGUCUGCAGGUCAAGGCUUUCCUCCGAACCUGCCCAUCCAGUAUCGACAACCGUGUAGCGAUUCCAGAACACAUGUUGACCAUCUAA